GGCUUUUAUCAUUAUAUGGCAUGAUUUUCAAAGUCAUCAUUUAUUUCCUGUCCUUAAUUAAGUAAGCUAAUAGUAAAAGCUUUGAAAAGCAUGCCACAUAAUAAGCAUGCCACUUAGGAUCUUAGGGCUUACAGUAUACAUUGUGAUCUGCAGGACUUCAGUAAACCUGUGGUAAAUACAAGGCAAAGAACAACUUUCUUGCUUCAGAAUGCAUUGCCUCUGUACAACAUGAUUGUUUCUUCUCUCAGAGAGCCCACAGAUGAGUAAACUACCCUGCAGAAACACUGUGCAUUCCAUCUCCUGAGAAGCUCUUAUAAACUGUGGGCAGGUGGAGACGCAGAUUAGGUCUGCUCCCCAGAAUGGAGCAGCUGCUAGAGUACAGAGCCCAGUGUGACCAGAGCUACUUCCUACCAUUGUUGGGAAGAGGACACAUGAAAGUAUCUAGAUUUCCCAACUGUAGUUAUACCUCAGUGGCACAGAAUCAAGGUAUAGCAAUAUUUGGAAACCCAAGCACAAAUGGAUUUGAGCCAGGUAAGUCUGUCAGCAGGACCUUAAGCACAAGGCUGUAGUUUAGAGGCCAGGACCCCAUAGCUCCAAGGUAAGGAGCCUGGAAAAGACAAAAGUGACUACUCAACGGGCUCAAACUCCUAAGCUGGUCAUCUAUGGCUGACCUGCCCCCUGGGGAAACUGGGCCGUGGGCUAAGAACUAAACAGAGCCUUUCAGGAACAUGAGAAGAAUUAACAAUCAAAUUAAAGAAGCAUUAAUCUUAAUAAGAACAACAUUCUAUGGAGAAUAAACACUUAAGAUUGAGGUAGCAUAAAAUUUUAGCCAUCUCUACACUGCAGCUAUUUUUAAUAAAAUUGUUAAUAAUUAUUUUAGUUUUGUGGGGUUAUCUCUUAAACUUAUUAAUAAGGUAUUUUUAGUUUUUAUUGGUAAUGAUAGGGGCUUUUUCGUUUUUAUUUUUUGAAAAUUUUGUACAUGUACACAAUGUAUCAUAUCCACCUACCACCCCCAAUUCCAGUUCCCCCUAGGACUUUGAAUCACAUCUCCCUCCCUAACUCAUGUCCUCCUUUUAGAAUUAUUUGUUAUUUUAACCCACUAAGUCCAAUUAGUGUAGUAUUUUUAGUAUCUAGAAAAAAGAAAAAUACUUAAUUUUUCUGAACCACACUCCAUGCAAAUUUUACUUUUUUUUACUUUCCUGUGUUGUAAUCAGUUAAUUUUUUUUUCUCUGAUAUUUUCAGUGUCAUCUGUAGAGACCCACAGAGGUUUCCUAGUGAGAACUUACUCAGGGUCCAAGAAUCUGAGCUUGCUUUACCCAGCAGGACUGCAUAAGGGGAUAAUUUGAUCAUGGGCAUGGUUGCCAGGUGUUUGGAAGGGUCUACACUUGCUGUGCGGUGUGCUUUGAUCUAGUAAUGGGGAGGUCCUUAGGCCCGACCUUUGGCAUUGUUAUAAAAAGCCCUUUUGAAGAGGCAGAAGAGGCCGUUGGGUACUGACCCAGGUCCUCCCAAAGCUAUCCUGUAUUUCUGUCUUCCUCUCAUCGUCUAGGUCUCUUUCUACCUAAUAUUUUCUUAUCCCCCUCUCCUCCUCAUAGAAACCCUGGAAAAGGUGGGAGCUGGCCUCCCAUCGUCAUUCUCACAUCUUAACCUUACAUGAAGAUUAUUCUUUGUAAAGGAUUUGGAAUUUUGCUUUAAAUAAUUUUUCUUACUGUAAGACUCUCGUUUAUUUCCAAACAGUGCAUCAUGAUCAGUACAGGGCACAUGUGCUUAUGGGGUUACUAGGACAGAACAUGUGAGGACAGAUUCUGGAAUGCCCACCAUUUAAUCUCCAAGCCUGUCUAGUCUGAAUAGCAUGUGCCUGAGUCCUCCGCUUUCACUUUGUUGCAUCAGGGCCACCUGCUGGGAUGCAGAAGCAGUAUGGCUCUCCAAUGGCCUAUACCCAUCCUGGGCACAUCAAGCCAUCCCUUCUGCCAGAGCACACUAACCAUUUAACCGCAUUAGGUUCUCUCUGGUCCUGCUUUACAACUGGUUGAUGUUUCCAGAGCUCACAACAUGCUUGCCUGGUUGCUCUGAUUCUUGAAGUCUCAUUACCAGGGACUACAGUUCUUCUCAACAAAUAUUUAUCAGAUAGAGCCAGGUAAUAGUGGCACACACCUUUAAUCCAGCAGAGGCAGGUGUAUCUCUGUGAGUUCGAGAAACCCUGUCACACAAGAAACCCAAAUUAAUAAAAUUUAUCAGAUGACUAUAGCAUGAUAGGACACUGGCUAGGUCUCUUGACAAUGUUCCCUAAAACUAAUCCUGUUUACCUCAGAGUUGUGGGAAUAAAGAGAAGUCUUGUUUCUAGAUGUGACUUUUAACCUUGAUAGUCACACAGUGUAGCACAUGGUCGACAGGCAGGUGGCAGGUGCAGAGCUUUCCCUGAGGACUGGGUUCUGUGUCCAUGAAUUUUUCCUGUUCCUUGAGCAUCAGCAUGCAGCUUGGACAGUAUUUAUACCUCUUCAUACAGCACAAGCCUACAUUUACAGUACAUGCUACUUUGAGAUAGCUUAAAACUGAUUUUCCACAUGAACUUUUGUAAAUAAGAUUUUACUUAGCACUUUUCUUACAUUCCAUCUGACUGCCACAUUUUCCUGAGCUUAUCUCCAGAUUUGGUGUGAGUGCCUGAGAGUUCGGAUAUGAAACCUGGGUUCUGUUUCUGGGAUUUGAAUUGCAUUAGGUAACUACUCAUUCUGGACAGCAUACUCUAAAUGUUUAAGGACAUCAGUGUGUUGAAUGGUAGUUGAUCAGUACCCACCCCAGCAACUCAUGCAGUUAGUGGUGGUAAGAGUGAGCUCAUCACAUCAGGAGAGUGACCUGUGGGUCACCUCCUUUCUAGUGUAGCUGCCUGGCAAAUAUGGAAAUGUUUCGUGCAUUUUUAGAAGCCCAGAAAAUCCUCUUAAAAAUAGUUACUAGUAUUGAUUAAACACUCUUUCUUUGCAUUGUUAUAAUUGCAGUUAUCUGCUCCUCCUGUUCUCCGUUACCACUUCUUCUUUCAUAAUUCUUUUGUUUCCUGUUUGCAAGUACUAAUUUUCCUACACAAAGUGAGAAAUGCCUAGUAUACUCUGUGUGUCUUGGUUUUCAUUUUCAUAAAGAUGUACAGUCAUAGAGGAUCUCCCAUGCACAUAAGACAUACAUGCUGAUCCUGUGUUACAGCCCAUUAAUCCUCUUUAAUUCAGUGGGCUUUUUGCUCCAUAAUAUAAAUAACUAAGACAAGUAUUUGUGAGUUAAAAAUCACAUUUGUUUGACUUCCCCAUGUUCCUGGAUGGCUGGUGUUCUGUGUGGGCCCUCUAGAGCAUGUGUAAGCAGAAAGCAAGCAUUGAAGACUAGUGGUAGAGUUCCUGGGGACUUUGGGGUGCCAAGUUUGAAACCUGGACAUUUCCCUGCCUGUCCUUAAAAAACAAAAAGAUAAGCCAUUUCCUUCACUUCUCUAAGUUUUUGCUCUAUAUUAAAUAUAAGAUGCUUCUAGAUAUAAUGAGGGCUAAUUUUGUGGUAGAGUUGAAAAAGAUUAUCACAGAACUACAUUUUAACUUUUCUUUUUUUGGUUUUUCAAGACAGGGUUUCUCUGUGUAGCUUUGUGCCUUUCCUGGAACUCACUCUAUAGCCCAGGCUGGCCUCUAACUCAUAGUGAUCCGCCUGGCUCUGCCUCCGAGUGCUGGGAUUAAAGGCGUGCACCACCACCGCCCGGCCACAUUUUAACAAAUUACUCAAAAAAAUCAAAUGUAGAAAAUUUUCAAAAGGCAUCCUCAAUUUUACUGAUUAUUAACUGUUACCUAAUGUAGUAGAAUAAGUACUGUGAUUUUGCUCAAGUCUCAGUGCUAAGUUCUUGAGAACCCAGAAUUCAGGUGAGUUAAAUACGUAUCUUAGCUAUGCUUCCUGCUUUGCAGGGCUCUUUGCUCCUCUGUUCUCUGUAGAUAUAAUUAACUCCACCCAAGUGUCUCACCAUCUUUUCUGCUUCAGGCCAGGUAGCACAGGUACCAGGCAUGUUUUCACUCUAGGAAUUUUUAUUAAGAGUGGGACUGGAUUGAUGCUGUCUGCACAUGCCAGUUAGUUCUGUAAGAAUAUCAUCAGUCAGAUCAUGCUGGCAAAAUGAAUGUUUUGAGCAGCUUUUAAAUUAUUAUAAAUGCUAGUAUUUAUCUUGGACUGGAAUAUGUAUUUGCUGUCUUCUGUCUGCUAUGAUGAUGAGCAAGCCUUCAGGUCGUUAUGUUAGUGGUAAGCACUUACCCUGUUUUAAUCUUUCUUGUUCAUUCAACAGUUACUUUACUGUCAUUUAUGGGAAACGCAGUGAAUAAAACUGGCCUGACCCUGCCCCGAGCUGCCUACAGUUGAUUGUUCAUUCUCUGAAGGUCUUUUUUGUUUGUUUGAUUGAUUUUUGCAUUUGUUUUCUCUUUUUAAUUUUAAAUUUUUUGACAGUUUAAUAUACGUAUAGAAUGCAUUUUGAUCAUACUCACCCCAUUACCCUGUCUUAAGUCUUUGUAAUUGCAAGAUCGUUUUUAUUCUUCACUAGCAAGGGACUCUGUAGACUGAAAGCUGACUGAUAAAAAUUUCCAAGUUAUACAGGAUUAAUGACGUUUUGAAGCAAUGUUCCAAAUACAGUGGUAUGCCUCCUUCAAAAUUGUAUUCAGUUGUGUAAUCUAGUUCAUCUCCUUCAUAUUAUUUAAGAUUUUAUUAGUGUUUCAUACGUAUAAAGUUUUAACACUACCAAGUUUCCUGCUGUGACCUACCCUAUUUAUUCCUUAUGGAAAAUGUUUUAAGCACAUGUUGACAUCUUUCUGAAUUGUGAACUAAUGGUUUGUUAUGAUUAGUAUAAGUGGGAGCAAAACUUUGAUGACUAAUAGCAUCUGCUCUUAGCAAAAUCUACUUGACUUUUUUAAAUGAAAAAAGUAUUAAUGCAGGUAAGUGUUGCUCAAGCUUCAUAACUUUUAACAAAGCAACUCUCAGAACCAUGGGAUUUAAAAUGCAAAAACUGUUUCGACAUCUCAUAGAAGUCAAUUUUAGUAAGCCCUUUGAUGUAUGAUUUGUUUGCUUCUUAUUUUUCUUCAUGAGCCACUGUUUCCUACGAAUAAAAUAAAACAUAAGAAGAUGAACCUUUGUGCCCAAGCAUAUAAUCUUUCCCCUCACUACUGCUACUAUUGAAUGCAGAAUCACCUUUGGAGGGGGUAGAGGAAGUGUGUUGGCUGAGGCUGAGGGUGUGUUCUGAAAUGUUUCACUACCCAGCAUAGCAUGGGUAGAUAUGUAUUCUCCACCUUCUUUUACAAUUCCUCAGACAAAGGCAAAGAGGAAUUUUCAUCAUUUCAAAUAAUGCAACUAAUCUUUGAUAAAUUAUUCUAACUAGAAAAAAAAACAUGAUUAUAAGGGGGUUUUUUUGUUUACAGACUUUUUAGAGCAGUAAUACUACUACUUUUCCACCCCUUGGGCCCAUAAAAGAGAAUACACAGAUCAGUUUAGUUAACAUUUUAGUUAGGAGUGCAUAAAUAUAUAAGCUGUAUUUGUUUUUUAUGUUUAUUCUGUCCAGUAAUUCUAAUCAACUCUUGAUUUCCUUUGUUUGAGAAAAUAAUGAGCAGUUCUUUGAAAUUAUUUGGCAACUAAUAAAAAUUCAAAGUAGGGUAAAAUUUAGAGAAAUUAACUAAACUUAGGAGUUAUAUUUUAAGAUAAACUAAAUUACCCCAGUAACUUUAUUUAUAAUUUUAUUUCUGGAUAUAAGAUAUAUAUAAUGGAGGUAGUUUGUAGACAAUUAUAUUUGUGGACUGUUUGAAAUACUUAGCCACUAAAGCAUUUCUGUUAUAAAAUGCCACUGCACAAUUAAGCAUAGCUAGAAUUUUAUGAAAAUGUUUAGAAGGCAGUAAAAUUUAUAACAAAAAGUACACAGAUUUAUUAUUUGCUAGUCAACUUUGGUUUUAGAUUUAAUUCUACUCAAAUCAUGCACUCAGAAAUGCUAAUUAUUUUAAUGAUUAAUUAAAGUACUUAAAAUUUUACCUUGCAAAUUGUCUUUUAAUUUUUUUUAUUAAUUCAUCCUUUUAGAGAUUUUAUUUGGCAGUUCUCAUAGAAAAAAGGUAGCACUGACCUUUCUGAACUCUUAAGUAUAAUGACAGGAUGUAUCCACAUGCAGGCAGGCUUACUGUCUUGCCCUAUCAAAGAUCACAGUAGAAUAGGAGUCUGACCAUACAGACACCAUCACAUGGUUCAGUAGCAAUGGUGAUAGAUGUAUGCAUCUUGGGUCAUUGAUUGCAGGGACAGGAUAAAGAUGAAAAGACUAUUUAAAAAGUAUUUACAUCAUUCAGAUUAUAGUACAUAAAAUGAUCUUUUAUAUUCAUAAGUACCACACCAAAUAUUCAAUGUGUGUCCUGGGCAAGUAAGUAUUGACAAAACUAAUUUUGCUAUUUUGCAAUUUUGAUGUUCUUUUACUUAUGCAUGUCCUAUGCCUUAUAAAAAUGGGGCUUUUGCUUGAACUAUUAUAGAUACCUUUAUUUGUCUAAAAAUUUAUUUUUUGUUUAAAUAAUGAAGAUAAUACUGGUUUCUUAUAUACCCUUAGUAAUUUUGUAAUGAUGCUUGAAUGUCCUCUAUUAAAUAUUUUCUUUGUAUAUCAUCUUUACAUAUCAUGAAAUUCUGAAAGUAUGUGAGGAUUUUAAGAAAUAUUAUUAGAUUGUUAUACAACUUUAAAAAUUUUUUAACCUAACCUGUCAUUGACACAUCCUUUUGUUACUGGUUUUUAAGUAUUUGAUUUUUAUUAUCCCUCUCAAAUUCUUCUAAUUAAUACUUCUGUGUACUUAAUUAAAAAUAAUCACAGCUUACUAACCACCUUUGCCUUAUAUUCUUUAAAUAAAUGGAAGUCUUUUUUACUUUAUACCAUUGUUAUUCUUGCCUUUUCUUUCAUUCAUAGCUAUUAACACAGUUUGUAUCUGUGCUGUCAGUCCUUGCUACUAACAGGCAUCUUUAAGAUAUCUUAAGGUUUUUCAACAGUGGUCUUAUGCAACAAAUACUGCCUUUUCCCUGAUACCUGCCUCAUAUAGAAAACCUAUAUUUAACUUCACUCAUAUGUACCUGGAACCUGAACAGCAGAGUGGUUGCUACAUUCCAGCCAUCUUUACACCAUUCUUUAGUUUAAAUUGGCAGUUCUGCAAAUAGAAAUGUGAUUCUAAGAAGCCGUAGUCACAAGUGUGGGCAGUGUGGGUGGCAGUGCUGAGAUCAGGUCUCCAGAGGCACUUUCCCAGAAGAAACUGAGUUUGUGUCUUCCAUUAUAUUAAGCUUAGUGAGUCUUCACCAGUCUUGUUUACAGUCAGUAACCUUAAUAGCCAUUUCUUUUGGUUAGAUUUCUUUUUUAUUAACAAGUGGGGAAUCAUUCAGCAUCACAAAUUGGCAUUUUUUUCUAGGUAAUACUAUUUUUUUAAUUUAUGCAUUUAUUUGGUCAUGUAAAGUGUGCUUACAACUAAUCAAAACAAGCAGUUGGUGGGAAUUAAUGCACGACUCAGCAGCGUGGAAUGGAGCAUGCGCUAUAUGAAAUUGCAGUUCGUUCAUGCUUUGUUUCCUGUCCUUUAUACUCUAGUUUCAUUUAUAUUAGAAUCCAUUCAUUUUUUUACUUCUUCAUAGAUUGGCCAAAAUGGGAAGGGCUGGAUUCUGCUCUCUUCCACGAAGAGUUAAUGGAACUGGCUAAGAUCAAAGUCUGAGGCUUUUUCCAUCCUUAAUCAGUCCCUUUUUGCUUUCUUUUACGACCACAUGAAACUUGAGAAGCCACCUAAAGCUAUAUCACUUAGUGGAGUUGGGCAGUUCCCAGGUGUCCAACAAGAAGGCCUGGUUUAGGCUGCGAUGGCCACUGUCAUUCCUGGUGAUUUGUCAGAAGUAAGAGAUACCCAGAAAGCCCCUUCAGGGAAACGUAAGCGUGGUGAAACCAAACCAAGAAAAAACUUCCCUUGCCAACUGUGUGACAAGGCCUUUAACAGUGUUGAGAAAUUAAAGGUUCACUCCUACUCUCACACAGGAGAGAGGCCCUACAAGUGCACACAACAAGACUGCACCAAGGCCUUUGUUUCUAAGUACAAAUUACAAAGGCACAUGGCUACUCACUCUCCUGAGAAAACCCACAAGUGUAAUUAUUGUGAGAAAAUGUUUCACCGGAAAGACCACCUGAAGAAUCACCUCCAUACACACGACCCCAACAAAGAGACCUUUAAAUGCGAAGAGUGUGGCAAGAGCUACAACACCAAGCUUGGGUUUAAGCGACACUUGGCCUUGCACGCUGCAACCAGUGGUGACCUCACCUGCAAGGUGUGUUUGCAGACUUUUGAAAGCACAGGUGUGCUCCUGGAGCACCUGAAAUCUCAUGCAGGCAAGUCAUCCGGGGGCGUGAAAGAGAAAAAGCACCAGUGUGAGCACUGUGAGCGCAGGUUCUACACCCGGAAGGAUGUCCGGAGACACAUGGUAGUGCACACGGGAAGAAAGGACUUCCUCUGUCAGUACUGUGCACAGAGAUUUGGACGAAAGGAUCACCUCACUCGACAUAUGAAGAAGAGUCACAAUCAAGAGCUUCUGAAGGUCAAAACUGAACCAGUAGAUUUCCUGGACCCAUUUACCUGUAACAUGUCUGUGCCUAUAAAAGAUGAACUCCUGCCAGUGAUGUCCUUACCUUCCAGUGAACUCUUGUCAAAGCCGUUCACAAACACUUUGCAGUUAAACCUCUAUAACACUCCAUUUCAGUCCAUGCAGAGCUCUGGGUCUGCUCACCAAAUGAUCACAACUUUACCUUUGGGAAUGACAUGCCCCAUAGAUAUGGAUGCUGUUCACCCCUCCCACCAUCUUGCUUUCAAAUGCCCAUUCAGUUCUACCUCAUAUGCAAUCUCUAUUCCUGAAAAAGAACAGCCAUUAAAGGGAGAAAUUGAGAGUUAUCUGAUGGAAUUACAAGGUGGUGCACCCUCUUCAUCCCAGGAUUCUCAAGCAUCGUCAUCUAAGUUAGGGUUAGAUCCUCAGAAUGGGUCCCUAGAUGAUGGUGCAGGUGACCUCUCCCUGUCAAAGAGCUCUAUUUCUAUCAGUGACCCCCUCAACACACCAGCAUUGGAUUUUUCUCAGUUGUUCAAUUUCAUACCAUUAAAUGGUCCUCCCUAUAAUCCUCUUUCAGUGGGGAGCCUUGGGAUGAGCUAUUCCCAAGAUGAAGCACAUUCUUCUGUUUCUCAGCUGCCCACACAAACACAGGAUCUUCAGGAUCCUGCGAACACCGUGGGUCUCAGUUCUCUGCACUCACUCUCCGCGGCUUUUACCAGCAGCCUAAGCACAAGCACCACCCUGCCCCGUUUCCACCAGGCAUUUCAGUAGUGUCUGUCUGGGCCAUGGGUUUGAUAGGGAGGUGCAUGUGUAACCCCGCCUUGGACGACCAUUUUUAUUUUAGUGCCUACUUUAAGACAAACAAAACUGCUUUUGUAUAAUAUCAGAUUUCAUGAAGCCAGUAAAUAAUAGGAACUAGCCUCUUUGAUAAGCUUUGAAACCAUUCAUGUUUAAUUACAUUUCCUGUUUCUCCUGAUUUUCUGCCAGUUGUCAUAGUCUCAGAGUUUUAUUUCAUAUAGGAGCGCCAUUAUUAUCACUAAAUUCUACAAGUCCUGUGUUCAAACUACUAUUAGACCUUAAAAUUUUCAUUUUUGUCUAGUAGCAAUGGGCACUGGACAUUUGGCUCAUCUUUUUUGCAAAUAUGCAGUACAAUGUAAAUCUUAUGAAAUAUGUGUGAAUAAUUGAAGUGUUUUACAUUUUUUUUACUAGCCACUAAAUGGAUUCAUGAUCAAGUUUUUUAAAUGAAUUUAGAAUCCAGUUUGGGGAGAUUAUAGUGGUUUCUUAAAUAUACCAUCAUUUCAGAUCAAUAUAUUUUGAAGACUGCUGUUGUCUAGCUAAAAUAUUGUGAGCAUAUGACAAAGAGAGAGAGAGUUUCAAUAUCUAUAUCUAAAAGAAGUCGAGAGAGGUCGCAGGGUGUUCUGUGUUAGCACUGGCCCUUAGGCUGUUUUGCCACAUUUCAACCAUCUUUACUUUAUAUUAACGGUGUGUGGCAUCAGUCUUCAGGAUCAGUGCAGAAAUGUUCUGUUUUAUGUCCUUCACCUUUCGUACCUAGGAUGGCUUCAGUGUACCAGCAUUCUUAUGUUAUAUGUUGGUCCAUAGUUAGUCCAGAGUCUUAGAGCCAUUGUGGGGCAGUAGUAAGUAUGUGAAACCCAGAGUAGGCUGCUUCAGUCAUCAGAGUGACAGACUCCUCAACAGGAAGAUGGAUGUAAAACAUACAGCCAAACCUCAGAACUUGUCUAGAGAAUUUCCACUGUUGCCAGAACUGAAAACUGGACUCUUUGGGGGCAAAGUAAAAGCCUAUCACGUCACUUCUAAAACAGCAAUCCUGCCACUGUGCUCUCUUGCUCAGUGCACAUCCAUCUUUCCCUGCUGUGUUUGGAUGGAGAACUUAAAAUUAAGCACAUUAAAAAGCUAUGUGAGGAGUUUCCACAAGGUUUUACACAACCCAAAACAGUAAAACCCCACUUUUACAAAUCUUAGGAAAUGGGAGGAAUGUUACAAAUAAGUUGAAUUUGUAGAGGAAACAAAGGAAAAUAAACACCAAAUGAGUGUGAAAGCACCAAGGAUGUGGUGCUCACUGACAUGGUAGUGAUGGGCUUCCUCACGCCAGCCAGGGGUCUGAUCAAAGGUUCCAUAUAGAUUUUCCUAAGGGUUGCUUGUGUCGUCAGCCUGUAAGACAUAUCUGUUAAGCACUUGUUAAUACCUUAUUCUGGGACCCCUUCUGUCUGGGCAGGGGUAGGGGGAAAUUUAGAGAAGAGUAUGUAUCUCUUUUAAAAAAAGAAAAGAAGAAGAAAAUAUUUCUGAAUUUCCGAGCACUCAUUAGCCUUGUAUGGGGCAACUCAUUCCCUUUGGUAGGGGCAACUAUCACUUCAGAUUGCAUUGUUUAUCAAUAAUUGUAAACAUGAGUAUAGAUUCCUGAAUAUGAUGCAUUAUUUAAAAUACCUGGGAGUACUAUAAAUUGAGGAGAAAUGUAAAAUGUCAUGUGAAUGGGGCUUUCAUUCUAUGUUACAUACACGUCUAGCGCACUUCGUAGAAUCAGAGUUACUCUCUGGAGGGCUCUAGCUCCUGGUUUUAACCUUGGAGCAAUAGUUUUUAUACUUAUGUAUUUAAAUUUUAUUAUGAAAAAUUACAUUUUAUUAAAAAAGUGUUCCAAAGGCAUUAAAAAUAUAUAUGUUAAUAAGGAAAUACAUUUUUAACUCUUCAGGCUGCUCCUGAGCUGUGGUUGGGAGCACGCUUACUCUCAAAGUGGGCUCUUUGCUCUGCUUCAAGACUGCUUCCUUAGUUUCUAUGAAACAGAUCGCUUACCUAAAGCUCUAGUUGAAUGAUUAGUGUUCAAUAUUGCUUUAAUCACCAUUAAAAAAGGAAAAGAGACUUGGUGACAGAGCACAAGUAAAUAGAAAGCCUAUUUUUAUGUAGAGGUUGGUCACAAACACUACAUAUGAAAGCACUAGUUUAUUCUAUCUAAAAUUUGCUUAAGAGAAAAUCACAUUAAUGACCUGAGACACUGGCCUUCAUAGGCUGUAUUUCACUGCUAAUUGAAAAAAAAAAAAAGGGAGUCGCAGAAUAUAUGAAAUAAAGCAUUUUGAAAUGGGAAUGGCGCCAUAUAUGUAUAUAUAUAAAUAUAUUUUUAUCCUAAUUCUUGCCCUGCACAGAACUCUAAUACACAUCUUCCAGGGUACCAGUGUUAAAACGUAGUCUUAAUUUUCUUUGUAAGUACACCUCUUUACCUAUUGCUGCCCCCAAAGACUUGAAUAACACUUCAAAGUAAGAGGGAAUUCAGCAAGUUGGGUUGGGUUUUUUUUUCUUUGUUUGUUUUGUUUUGUUUUGUUUUUUUAAUUGACUGCAGUGGUCACUAAACCCUUUCUUGAUAGAUUUUCUAUUAAAGAUCAGGCAGCUUUUAAUUUAAUUGCACAAUGUUUUAAUUUUAACAAGGAUGUAACACAGAAUUGGCUUUUACCCCCUAGAAAAUACUGUCACUUGUUUUUAUUUGAAGUAGGAAUGGUUAGGGAUAGUUCUUACCAACGCUGUUUUCAUUCACCAGUGGCCAGAUUCAUCAUCCUUGGAAUUUCUGAUAGUGCCUUAGAUUGGCUGAAAGAAAAGGGAUUAACAUUAACUAAAAUAGUUUAGUGUAGAGUUUGGACCUCAGACAAGAUACCAAGCAAGCGUCAUUCAGUUUGACUUCCACAUGUAUGUGCAGACUAUAUCAGCAGCAGCAGGAGCUUGACGGUGGAAGGACUGAGGCGCUAUAAACACUAUAACCCAUUGAUAUUUACCAAUACCACCCUUAUAGUUAUUGGUCACUGUUAAGCUUUCAUUUAAAAUCCUAUUACCUAGUUCAGAUUUCUAGAACUUAAGUUGUCUUGGUGGAUUAUGCACCAUUCUGUAUGCAACUUUUUUAUUUCAGUCAGCAUUUCUUUCAAGCUUUGUGUUUUUGCCUCUUUGUUGCUUGUGCUUUUAUUUUUCUAGUCAUUUGUGGAAUAUAGUGAUAUAUUGUGUUAAUUUGGACAGUGACGGUUUUUUAAAACCAUAUACUGACUGAAACAUGAGCCAGAGCUGAUUGCUUUAUUAAGCUAAUAAUGAAUGUUAUAGAGUACAUAUUUCAGGAUCAUUCAUCUAGUGAGCAGUACAUAUAUAGGCCAAUUAAAAAAAUAGAGCUUGGUCAACCUCUAUACUUCACAUACUACAAGAUAUAGCACUUUCAAAAUGAACCUAAACUUUUACAGAAACUUUCUUAUAGGUUAUGCCUUUUAUUUUAAGACUUAUUAUAUUCAUUUCAAGUGCCAUUAGAUGAUAUAUAUGUAGGUCUUUGAUAUAUAAUGCUUUGUGUACAAAAAACGGUAGAUGGUAUUUUAAACAGGUACAUUUUUACAGUGUUUUCUUAUCGAUUUGCUAUAUUGCACAGAAUCAGUGUGUGUCUUUUCAUAUGGUUUUACAAUGGUUUAUUUUUUUACAAGGUUUACGUAUCUCAAAGCACACUGUCUUCCCAGUCCAUAAGUAAGUUAAAAGAUACCAGUUCACCCAAGUUGCUUCUAGCCUACUGAGAUCCAUGUGACAUUGGAGGAGAUCUUUUCAGUGUUGAGUAUUUGUCCUUAGUGAAGGCAGACUGGUUUUGGUUUGUUUUUGUUUUUGACUAAUAAGUCCCUCAGUGAGUCUGUCUUGUUUUAUUCACACUGUCAGCAGCCAGGUCUACAACAUAAUGUAUCCUGAUUAUGUAGGUCUACAUAAAUACCUAAUUUGUAUUGUACCCACAGAGCGCUCCUUUGAAAUUAUAUGCAAGAUAAUGCUACCAGCCUUAGUAACAGCACAAAUCACCAGUAAGCCUUUCUCCAAUGUUAGCAGCCCCUGGGGAUGGAAAGCAGUAUCUUUUGAUAGGUUAUCUAGCUCUCCAGAUGACACAGAAUUAUUGCUGAUGUAUAAGACACUUCUUUGUUAUAAGCUUCAGUGGUACAGAUGAACCAGAAUGAAUGUCUCUCUUCUCAGAAACCCUCCUUCAACAUUAUAUGGGAUCAUGCUGCUACUGUCACUUGGGAUACAACUCUUCAUGGUGCUACAAACUUCUGUCUCAUUCAGUUGUAUUUUUUUUUAUCCAUAGGAAAAGGACUACAUAGGUGUAAAAGUGUACAAUAUAUUUUUAUACUGUGACUUAAUUUGUCAUUAACAAACUUUUACACCACCACAAUGUAUUCAUGUGCGAUUGCAAAAGGAGAUCUUGGAUUUGCAAAUGUUACCAGAACAAACCCAGCUUUUGUCCACAAGGUGACUGUAACUCAGAAUGGAAAGUGGGCUUGACAUAGGGUGUGGAGUGAAGAACAUGCUGUAAGUUACUAACAGCCCUUUGAAUUUAACAAAAACUGGGAAUCCAUUAGAAAAAUUGAUUGCAUCAUGCCUGAACAUAAGCUGACUGCUGAAAUUUUAUUCUUAGCUAAUGUAAAAGUGUUUGGACUAGUACUCUAAAAAUAUUCUAAUGGUAAAGUUUUGAGUCAAAUAGAAAUGAAAAAAAAAAUCUGCAUUCCAGACUGAAUUUUGUAUAUUUUUAUUGCAUUUUAAAUUGCUAUUCUGUGAUAUUGGAAAAUCAAGUGGCUUAUCAUGUAUAUCAUGUCCUUAAAAUGUAUUCACAAACUACUGUUGUAUUUGUAUAAAAUAUAGACAAAGGUCA